AUCCGGUUGCUUCAUAAAAACUUCCUUAUGUCGCAUGCGUAAGCGUGACACUUGUUCGUUGCUGACCUAAGCCAUUUGCCGGAGCCGCAUUAGUCUGAAAAAUGUUAAUUUUAUCGAACAGGAUAAAGUUCUGUUCUUUGGCGUUUACCGCCGCACGUCUGUACAGCAGCGGACCGGCGGUUGCUAACAACAAGCCGACGGUUUUCUUUGACAUCGCGGCAGAUAACGAGCCACUGGGCAGAGUAACCUUUGAGCUCAACGCAGAUGUUGUGCCAAAAACCGCAGAGAACUUCAGAGCGCUGUGCACAGGGGAACAUGGCUUUGGUUACAAGGGCUCGAUAUUCCACAGAGUGAUCCCUAACUUCAUGUGUCAGGGAGGUGAUUUUACUAAUCACAAUGGAACUGGUGGGAAGUCUAUCUAUGGAUGGAAGUUUCCCGACGAGAACUUCAAACUGAAGCACACAGGACCUGGUAUCUUGUCUAUGGCCAACGCUGGACCAAACACCAAUGGAUCCCAGUUUUUCAUCUGCACCUCUAAAACAGACUGGCUGGAUGGCAAACAUGUUGUCUUUGGCAGUGUCAAAGAAGGAAUGGAUGUGGUCAAGAAAGUGGAGGCUUUUGGUUCCCGGUCUGGGCGAACCUCCAAGAAGAUCACUAUCACAGACUGCGGAGAGCUCAAGUAGUCUCCUUGAGAGCAGUGGACAUGGUCGGGGUCUCAUCUCUGCUGUAAUUUCAAUGUGAGAGUCCGAGUGAAAGAGCCUUUUGCUUCACUUGUGGCACAGACUGCUACCUCUCUUUGUUGACAAUAGAUGGAUUUCGAAUUUGCUGGUACAAGAAUUUAGUCCUCCCAUGAACAACUAAUGCACUUCAUUGUGCCAUACUAUAAAAUGUGAAUUUGUAUUGUAGACAAAAAGUGUUUUCCGUAUUUAAGAGAGAUCUUGAUAAAUUAACAUACAUUUAAAAUGGGGAAUUUAUUUUCAAAAAUAAAGUUAGUUUUUUUCCUAAAAGCC